AUGAUCCCUCUCACCCUCACUUCACCUCUGAAACCAUGUUACCUGCCCUACAUCGUACCUCUACGUCUACACACAAGAUAUAACCAACUGAAAAAACUCAAUCAGAAGAAGAAGUUGAGGGAUGGCAAGUGCAGAGCUGAGUUCUCUGGUGACGCACCGGUGGCUUUAGCGAUCGGGGCUUGCAUUCUGAACUCGCUUAUUUUUCCGGCGACUCUUCCACCAGAAGACAGUGAGGCUGAAUCGUUGAUUGACUCGGACGAUGCGCGGUUUGUGGUCAUGGGAAUUAUUAGCUUCAUUCCUUAUUUCAAUUGGAUGAGUUGGGUGUUUGCUUGGUUGGAUACCGGGAAGCGGCGUUAUGCUGCUUAUGCUAUUGUCUAUUUAGCUCCUUACUUGAGGCCAAACCUAUCAAUAUCUCCCGAGGAGAGCUGGCUGCCAAUUGCUAGCAUUCUCAUCUCCAUUGCCCACAUUCAGCUGGAGGCAAGCAUUAAAAAUGGAGACAUUCAGGGAUUUCAAGUGGAAAAACUUGUGUCAUCCAUAAGUAAACACAGUGGAAAUUCUAAAGAGAUGGAAAGGAGGAAUGAUGAGAUACGCGAUUUGGCUGUUGCUCAGGAUCGUGAAGAUCAUGACAUCUCUAAUGAGAAUGAAGAUUCCGAUGGAGACGAAGAGAUCAUAUUUUCUGUCAACAACUUUGCUAUGUGUUUUUGGGAUGGGAGGAUUCUACCUUAUAGGGGGGCUUUCAAUCAUCAAAGUUAA